GGCAAAUUUGAAAUCCCGUUGUGUCUCACAGCGUCCGGUUAAUCUGGAGCCACAUGGUAACCUACAGUAAUUUAAAUUUAUUAACAAUGCACGUUUUAUGAGCACUGGCAGUCUCGCGAGGGCAGUCAGCUUUGUUGUUUUAACUCACGUGAUUAGAAGGAGGUGUAAGGCUCACAUGACUGAAAAUUUCCUGAAAAAAAUAGCGACACUCACAGACUUACAUCAGUGGAGAGGAAAAAGGCUGGGUAAAUCGCUUAACAAAACCCGUACUGCUACUAGCGACACGAACUUAAUUCAGAUAUAAGGGAUAAAAUAACGUUUGCUACGUUGCUUGUAACCGACGAUCUUUGAAGAAAAAUAUAUCCUGCACGACCCCAGAGUGACAGUGUGCCUGUCUUUUUCAGCCAGUCCUUCUGUUGAGUGUGUGGGUUAGGUAGCUCUCCUGGAAACAUGUCUCUGAGUCUGAUGCACUCAAAUAAACAACUUCUGUUUGCCGGGGUCGCUCUUCUUAUUUCAAUUCUAGGUUGCCUUACCCCUGUGUUUGCCGUGGCAUUUGAAGUGAAGAAUGGAAACAAUACCUGUAUAAUGGCUGAGCUAUCGGCCAACAUCUCUGUCAAGUACGCAGUGGCCAACAAGCAAAUGAACACAGUCUUGGUUGCCCUUCCUGACAGUGCCACAGUAGAUAACAGCAGUACAUGUGGCAAUGACACAGUAGCCCCCUUGCUGGUGGUCCGCUUUGGAGAUGGCCACUCCCUCAGCCUGAACUUCUCGAAAAACGCCUCCGAUUACCAGGUGGACACCCUCUCGGUCACACUGAACCUGAGUGACAGUGCAGUCUUUGUCAAUUCAAGUACUAAAGCACCAAUGACCGUGUCCUCGUCUUCUACUGGAAUCAAAGCUUCAUUGAACACCACCUACAGAUGUAUGAGCGCGACCCAUGUGACCCUGACCGAUGUUAAUGUCACAUUCAGUAAUAUGAGGGUGGAGGCUUACCUGCCAGCUGCUAACUUCAGCAAAGAAGCCACUGUUUGCAAUGCGGAUAUCAGCACUAGCACCCCAGCUCCAAAAACCACUCCGGUAACCACGGCAACCACCGCCCCCCCAGCACCAACCACGGCCCCGACAAACCCCACUGCAGGAAUAUACAAUGUAACCAAAUCCAACGAGACAUGCCUGCUUGCUAAAAUGGCUCUGCAGCUUAACAUCACCUACCAGAACAAAACUACUGUCUUCAACAUAAAUCCUUUAACGACUGUAGCCGGUGGGGCCUGUGAUACUAAUUCUUCAACACUGAUUCUGAGGGAUGGCAGCACCAAUUUGACUUUCAUGUUCAUGCUUAAUGACACUAAGAAAUUCUACUUGAGUGGAAUUGCUGUUGCCACGUCUGGUGGAUUCAUAGCUGACAAUAAAAAUCUGACCUACCUAAGAGGCACUCUUGGCAGAUCCUACAUGUGCAGCGCUGAACAAACCCUGACUGUCACCUCUGUGUUUUCUAUCAAUGCAUUUCACCUGCAAGUUCAGCCUUUUGGUGUCAGCAGUGGCAAGUUUGGAACAGCGGAGGACUGUCAACUGGAUGAGGACAACAUGCUGAUUCCUAUAAUAGUGGGUGCAGCCCUGGCUGGACUGGUCCUGAUAGUUCUGAUUGCUUAUCUCAUUGGCAGAAAGAGAAGUCAUGCUGGAUAUCAAACCAUCUAAUUCAGCACAAAGAUAAAGUGAUGUUGCCUCGUGUUUAUCUACCACUGUUACGAACAAAUCUUUCGCAAGAAGUGGGUACAAGAUCCCAAAUCAUAAGUGAGCUUAUAAUUGGUUUACUGAUAAUAAUCUGCUUCUUGACAAGUGCUUUCUGCUGUUGCGUAUUUUAAAUCUGCAGUAUUGUCCUUUACUAAAUUAGAUUGUCCUGAAAUUCUUUUUUUUAAAUGUAACUUUUGGACAUUUUUUUUUUUUUUUGUAAGAUCAUUCCAACUUGGCAUUUUAAGGUAACUUUUUUUUUUGUUGUUGAUGUAGGGAUUUUUUUCUCCCCACUUUAGGCACAAGUCUUACUUCCUAUCUGUGGUUUUAUAAAUGACAAUACUGCAUGUGCUUACGAAUUAGUAACCAUUCAAAGUGAAUUCUGACAAUGUUAAUAUUAACUAACUGACAAUGUUAAUAUUAAUUACAAAAAUGUAAUCCAUUGCGAUCCUGCUAAAAAAAAAAAAAAUUGAAAAAAGAUAAACGCACUUACUUUUAAUUUGUAUAUUGAACAGAGGAUAUAAAAUUGGCAAAAGCAUUAAUAGUAGGGUAACAAUGCAAUAUUUAUAUUCAUGCCUUGAACUGCUUGUUACAUAAAAUAUGAUGCUUAUUUGGGGGGAGGGGUCUUUUUGAUGCCCUUGUUAGAUGCUGGCACUGCCUGUGUUAACUUAAUUAGAGAGUACUAAUAAUAAUAAUAGAGAGUUUUUGUUCUAAAAGUAGAAAGUUCUUUUUUCCUGGUUAAGUUAUAUGGGGAAUUCUUUGUUUUGGUGGAUGUGGUGUACAGUAUCAUUUCUCUGAUAUCUGCUGAUCAUCUUGCUGUGGUAAAGAUGUUUGGGGGGGGGGGGGGGGGGGGGGGGAUUUGGCUCUUCUGGUGCAUGCAUUGCCUAUAACAAUGCUAAUAAAGGAGAUUGCUUUUUUUUUUCUUGUAUUCAAAAAAAAAAAAAAAAAUUUGUUUACAAGGAGCCGGGAUGCUCUGGGAGAAAAAAGGGAACCUUUUCUCAAUCUGAUAAAAAUGAUUUAAAAAAAAAAAAAAAAAAAAAAACACAUUUAAUUGAUUUAUUCCUGUCUACCUGUAUUUGUGGUAGCUAAGUACAUAAGGAAUACAUUGUAAAUGCUGACAAAUUCCAUUUCUAUCCAUGCUUUGAGUUUUUACAUAUGUUUUAAGCCACACAACGAUUUGAUUAUUAUAAACUAGGCCUUUAAGUGCUGUUCUACUACUACAGUGUAAAGCAUGUAAAUAAAAAACAGAAUUCUGGGGUCUGUAAGAAAGAAUGAUGACAUAUCUCUACCCUUAUUAACCCAUACAAGUUAUACAACUUGUGUUAUCUGACGAAGUUCAGUACUUUAGAUACAAUGUUGGCACACAAAGAAAAUUGAUAAAUGAUUUGCAUCCUAAUGAAGUAUUUGAUAUACAGUGUGCUAUUGUAUUGUCUCCUACGUGCAGUAGUUUGGUUUGCUGAUGCAGUUUCUCAAUUACUUAUUUUUAUUUUUUUCCCCUUAAUUGUAAAAGGCUGCUUUAUAAUUCUGCCCUCUUCCUGCACUAACCCAUGCUUGGAUGUGUUCCUGUAGUGCAGAUUUUUAUUAUUGGGGAAACAUUUAAACAGCUGCCUCAUGUGGUGAAUACACAACUACAAUAUGGAAAAAUUAAUCUUAUUUAAGAAAUGUCUGGGAUUUUAUAAAUUAAAAUGUUUCCCAUUUGUGCUUUUUAUGGUUCUGUUUCCGAAAGGGUUCAUAUAUCCGCCUGCUUUUGCUUUCUAUAGUUGGGCUUUUCUUAUUUUGCUUUAAGAUCUUGACUACUGUCUGAGGGUUGCACAGUGCUAGGCACCUGGUCUUGUUUGCUUUACACGUAUCAAUUGGAAGUGUUGCUUAAUAAAGUAAAUAGUUCUGUCAUUACUGUUGUGAACUGCAGUUGGCACCAUAAAUAAAACCGGUACUCUGCUCUAAAGUUUUGUUCAGAGAGCUGCUUGUACCCUAGAAUAAUUGUGCACUUUGCAGGCCCUGCUAGCAAUUUUUUUUAUUAGGAUUGCGCUUCAGAAAUGGUGCCUCCAAGUAGUCCUUUCAGUACACAAACUAUUUACUAGAUCUAACAACAAAAAAUAAGUUGCUAUUGGUUACGGCGGCACACCUUGUCCUGGAAUUUGGUCCCCGCCUACAGAACAAUCUGUGUUUUUGCGUCGUUUUUUCUUUUGAACCAUAUCCAAACAUAUCAAUGUGCCUAUUACUUGGCCUCCUUGGAAAAUCUUUGGACACGAGAUGAUUUUGUACCACAUUAAUUUUCAUAAACUGUAGUGAAGCAAUGUGGAGAACAGGUAUAGAGCCUGAGUUCCUUAAACCAUGCAAAAUGCUCAAGGGAAAGAUAUUCCUGCAAGACCAAGUUCAUGUUGAAGCUUGGUGGAUCUAGCCUGUUGCUUAAUUCUUGUAGUAAAUAUUUCAUCUUUCUAGUGUUUGUUUUUCUAUUAAAGCUAAGCUUGAAAUGAGUUGUAUUUUUCUUAAUUAACCCUUGAUUUGCUGUAUGCCUAGGAUGCAAUGAUCCCAGAGCUGUUCUCCUUGCUUGUGUUUAUACACUAACUUUUGUUGUUUUAAAAAGAGAAACUGUGUGAAACUUGGCACAAGUAAAUAAAUAUUACAUCCUUUUACAGGUGGUAACCACA